AUGCACUCAGCGACAUCAAGCAGUACAAGCAGUUCAAGAGCUUCUAGUGCCGGUGGGGCACAACAAGGUUGUCGUUCACUUGCAAGUGUACCAGGAGGAUGUCUGGACUGUCUGGCCAGCACCCCAUCCUAUCAAACUAGUGGAGUUGAUGCCAAUCUCCCAGCUAUUUCAUCAGACGAAGAGGUUGUAACACCACCUCCAUCUCAAUAUUGCACUUCUGUUCGCAGAAGUCAGGCUGACAACGAGGAUACUUGGGCACUUGCACUCACACCAAGGAAGACCAAGAAGCUGAAGAUAUAUGGAUCAGAGCUGUGCACUGAGUUAGGCUUGCCAGAAGGGAGUCUGGACUCAUUCAUUGGCAUGCGUGACCCCAUACUUGAAUAUAUUUUUCACAUGCUUCUGCACAUCAAGGCUCACUUGAUCACCAAGGAAUCAACCCAGCAGCUUGGCAAAUAUAAGGAGUUUCUUGAGUCUGCCGACUUCAAAGCUGUAAUGACAGAUCGCGCUAUAGUUUGUAUCAUAUCACCAAACAUCUCAGCCUAUGUUACUGAGAUGUCAAAGCAAACAAUGAUCUUCAUCAAGGCUAAUCCGACAAUAUUCAAGGUCCCACCAGGUGUAUUUGAAGACCCUGAGCUCUAUGAGUUGCUAGGCAGUAUUGUACAAACAAAACUCGCUAGUGCAAGGAGCAAUUUAAAGGGAAAGUUGUUGAAUUCAAUUCAAAAUUACACCUACAUUGUCAAUAUUUCCAAGAGUGCUGCUCCCUAUGGUAUUGCCAUAAACAGUCCUCACUGGAGGAAAAAUGGCCUUCUUGUGGAAAUUAUCAGCUGGAUCCACGAGAUGGUCCAAGUAGAAGAAUCAAAUGAAGGUACUGUAGGGUUACAUGAUGCAUCUCAAGAAGAUGAUCAAGGACAAAAUGUUGAGGAUAGCGGCAAUGACCACACUGGCAACCACACCAGAGACAACGGAAACUACUUUACUGAGAAUGACGGACCACUCAACCAGGAUGCCACCAAGAGAGACGGAGAUGAGCAUGAGCCGUUUGUAUUGACAGAGGCCGGUCAGACUGAGAAUUCUGAUGGAGUGAAGAAGAAAAAGGAUGAUGACUGGCGCCAGUUUCAGUGUUCUGGAAAAUACUGGAAUUUUGUUGAUUAUCAUCUCCAGAAAAUAGAAGUCAAGGCAAGGAAAAAUGCAAAAACCCAGGCUGAAUAUCAGUUUGCAUAG